AUGAAUCGCGUGAUCGAGUUAAACAAGAGCAUUUGCUCUUUGAUCGAGCUUCUUGGAGGCAAAGGAAUUCCUAUUGUUCUCGAUCAAAUCAAUUCUGAUCCUGGGCAGAAGAAAAUAACUACUGAGCAAACCAUCGAAGCUGAGACAAAAACAGAACCAGAGACGCAAACAGUUGAGGAGAAAGCUGAAAAAGAAGUAAAUGAUGAAGACGAUUCCGAGGCUGAAAAAACGGUCACUCAAGAACCAAAAGAAGUAUCUCAGGUCGAGCAGGAAGAAACGGAUGAAAAACCUCAGACUGUCGAAGAAGAGACUGUCGCGGAAGAAACCCCAGCCGUAGAAGAGACUAAACCUGAGUCUACUGAACUCAACGAGCCCGUUACCAUUGACUCCGAAGAAACCACUCCAGCUGAGGAAAACAAAGAAGAGCAAAAGCUUGAAGAAGAAUCCUCUGAAAAUGCUGCUCAGGAUCAAAAUGAAUCCGUAACAGACCCAACGGACGCUGAAGUAACCGAAAAUACAGAUGCCACAACUACAAACGAGCAGGAAGCUUCACAAGAUCAGCAAUCCGGUCAAGACGAAACAAAGGACGAGAAUCCGGUACAGCAGGAAUCUGAAGGUUCACAAGAUCAAGAGCAGGAAUCAAUUCAGGCUGAUGCAAAUCAAGAUUCUGAAAAUCAAAAUGAGGAGACUCUAGCUGUUCCUGAACAAACUCAAGAAACAAUAGAAACACAUCCUGAUGAGAGAACAACUCAGGAUGAAUCAGCGACAAAUAAACCUGACUCACAAGAAGCAACGGAAGCACCAAAAGAUGAAAUUGAUCAAAAACUCGACGAAUUACAAGCAGAACUAGAAUCGGACUCAACAACGACUCACGAGGAGACUGAUUCUUCUCAAGUCCAGCAGUCUCAAGUAGCAGAAAACGAGGUAGAAAAAGUCGAACAAAAAGAGGCUGAAGACAACGAGGACUCUCAAGAACCAGUUGAAGAGCAGUCAGCUGAAACAAGUGCUGUAAACGAACAAGAAACAACUGAAGCUGAAGUCCAAACAAACCAGACCCAAGUUUCGAGCGAUCAAAAUGAUCAAACUCAAGAAACUAAAGAAACUCAGCAAAUAACCAACGACUCUGUUCAAAUCACUCAAACCAAACAGCAAGAAGAUGAUGAUAACGAGGAGGAGGAAGAGGAAAGCAGCGAUGAAGAAAUCGAAGUAACAACGGCGCAAAAGACAGAAGUUCAGGCGAAAAUCGAUGAAGUGAUUCCAAGCCAAGAAACAUUGACGAAACAGUUUGAGAAUAUUGAUGAAAAUGACGAUGGAAAAGUCGAGUUUGAACAAGUCGCACGUCAGCUUUAUGCUAGUUUAAAAGUCAAAGGGAAGGAAACAUUUAAGUCCCUGUCAACAACAAAAGUCUCAGAAGAAACCUUCGUUGAAGCAAUGAAAUACUACGCAACAUACUGGAAAAUGGACACGACAGACGGAAAUAUCUCCAAGGAAGAAUUCCUCGCUUUUUGGCAAAAAUUUUCCGAUCUGUUGAACGAAAUCGAUCAAAAUAAGGAUCAGACGAUUGUCGUCAUCGAAAUCACAAAUUUUUUGAAAGCACAAGCGCAAAAACACAACCUGAAAAAAGCGGAGGACAACAUCAUGGUCUACGUCAACCAAAUCUUCCGAAAUCUCGACACGGAAACGGACACUGCUCUCAGUGUUUUGGAAUUUAUGAUGGGCUAUCCGAUCUUUUUGAAAGUCCUCGAAGAUUACAAACUUGAGCAAUAA